ACAGUCUAUGUCAGUCUCUCAUUUUGUGAGGAAUUUUUUGGAAACAGGUGUAAACAUUCCUUCAGAAUAAAAUCCCUCGUAUUCAAGUUCCAUUCAGAAUAUUUCCUGCUGAUUCACUUUUGAAGAAUAGCUUCGAGUUCAUACAUAACUAUGGUGUGGUAAGCAAGCCAUGAGACUAUCGACGACAUGCCUCUUUCGGAGACAGACUGUGCCGCCACCUACAAAGUGUUGAUUGUGGGCGACGCCUUCGUCGGCAAGACGGCGCUUUUGAGAUGUCUGAUGGGAUAUGAGUUUGCGCCACAGAGCAGACCCACAGUCGCUGUCGAUUUUGUGACAAAGCCCUUCGAAGUGGAUGGAGCUUUAAUCCAGAUGAUGAUAUGGGAUACGGCGGGUCAGAGAAGGUUCAUGUCCAUGACACGUCAACAGUAUAAAGCGGUCAAGGGGAUCGCCGUGGUGUUUGACAUAGCAGAUAGAUCUACUUUUACACAUCUCUCCUUUUGGUUGGAAUCUAUCAAUAAUUGUGUAUCUAACUUCGCCUGUAAUUACGAGUCUGUUCCUAUCAUUCUGAUUGGGAACAAAAGCGACCUCACAGAGAGGAGGGCAGUGUCCGUGUCGGAGGCCAGAAAGUUUGCGAACAAGGAGAUGGCUUUUGAUUAUUUUGAAACUAGCGCCAAAACAGGGACCAAUGUAUUCGUCGCCUUCCAGAAAUUAGCAUAUCACGUGACAGAGAUAUGUAAUCCACAGGUGAUGAAAAGUUUUCAUCCACAUAUGUUACGACCCCCCGAAGUUCUGGACCGAGCAACAAAGAGGAAGCCCAGCGUGCCCUGUAAAGUUGAUGACGUCACAAGAAUUCCCGAGAGGAUAAAGCCCGUGGGAAAAUUCCGGACGUCGAUGCGCGGCGGCAAGUACAAAUUCCGGGUCCGGAAACGGAAAAAGAAACUUAGUCAGUGUUGUUCUAUACAGUGACGUCAUCAAAGCAUGAUGUAGUUACUGAGGACAAUAAACCUACCUGCUUGGCGCUUGACAUGAAUCAGGAUUUAUAAAUAAAAGAAACAAAUGUG